UUAAAAAUUAAAAAACUCAAUGCGGCUUCAAAAAAUCAACCAAAUUAACAAUAACCGCACCAACAACAACAAGAAGAAGAACAACAGUUGUUCAUGUGCUCACUGCUUGUAAACGCGCGUGUGUUUGUGUGUGUGAGUGUGCGCUUGUGUUUGUGUGUGCGUGCGUGUGACAGCAGCAACAACAAAAGCAUUGGGCUUGCAAUCAACGGGAUCGCCAGCACUUGACGUCGCGGUCGCGGUCGACGUCGCUAGCGCUGUUAAAUUUCGUAUAUGUUAAAUAAAUCUGAUAAAGAAAAUGAAAAUAAAUGAAAUACAAAUAAUCAAUUAAAGUGCAUUUGCUGUUGCCCCAAUUGGCGUUUCUUGUGCUUUUCGUUUCGCUUCUUUCUGCUGCCUCAAAUAAACCAUUAAAGUAAAAUACAAAAAAAAUACAAGAAAAAAGUCGUAAAAGAAAUUAUUAUCUGCUUGCGUGUUGUUGUUGUAUUUGUCUUUGUUUGCUUUUUUAGUCCCGUGCAUUGUGCUGCUUCCUGCUCUCGCUCUCGAGCUCACACACACAGUACACUCGCGCGCGCGUCUCUUAUUGUUGAUUUAUGCAUGUGUGUGUGCGUUGCUAACGGUUAUUGUCGAGCGUUUUUCGCCACAAGUUCUUAUCAGCGCGGCGCAACGGCAACGGCUGCGAGUUCAAGUUCGUCGCUGUCUGCGACACCAACAACAAUAACAACAGCAGCAGCAGCCGCAGCAACAAUAACAACAAUUACAACAACAGCGACAAUAAGAAACGUGACUAAUGCACUGCUCGCGUAGCCUCUCAGCUGCCGCGGACACAACGACAUUCUUCAGCGCAGCGACUGCUGCGUCGGCGUCCGCAUCGGCCUCCUCUGCCAGCACAACACCAACAAUGGCCACAACAACAACAACAACAAAUGCUAAAGAUGGCGUCACAAUGCGGGAGAAAAAAGGCGGCGCCCUGCAGAAGCUCAAGAAGAGGCUAUCGCACAGCUUUGGCAGAUUAACUAUUUCCCGCGAGGAUGGCGACGAUUCAACACAUCAUCAUCAUCAUCAUAAUCAUCAUCGCGGCGGCGGCGCCCAUCAUAAUCACGGUAAUAAAGUUCCAUUCAAUGGUUACAACUCGGAGGAGUAUCUGGAUCGCCUCGAACCCAAUGGCAAUAUACCCGCUGACAAAACAAAUUGCAGAUAUGGCGCACAAGAAUCUGCGAAAAAUGAUAAUAAUAAACCACAAGACUGGCGCAGCACGGACAGCACCGACCAUCAUGAUCGCGUACAGCGACAAUUGUCGGUCUCGUCGGACAGCAAGCUGUUGGACGAUGAUAUCAGGGAGGAGAUGAAAUACCAUUCGCAUGUCGUUAUGCGACCCAAGAAGCCGCCCAGACCCAAGUCCGAGGUCUUUCUCAACAAGCAGGAUCCACAUCCGCGACGAAAACGGUUCAGUGCAUUUGGCGGCGACUCACCAUUUGGCAAGCAGGAGGCGUAUGUUAAGCUGGAACCGCUCGGCGAGGGCUCCUAUGCGACAGUCUACAAAGGAUUUAGCAAAUUAACCUACCAGCGUGUUGCACUGAAGGAGAUCCGGCUGCAGGAGGAGGAGGGCGCCCCAUUCACGGCCAUACGGGAGGCGUCGCUGCUAAAAGAACUGAAACACAGCAACAUUGUGACCCUGCACGACAUUGUGCACACCCGCGAGACGUUGACCUUUGUCUUUGAAUAUGUGAAUACCGAUCUAUCGCAAUACAUGGAAAAGCAUCCGGGUGGCCUGGACCAUCGCAAUGUGCGUCUGUUCCUUUUCCAGCUCCUGCGCGGCCUCUCCUACUGCCACAAGCGUCGUGUCCUGCACCGCGAUGUUAAGCCACAGAAUCUGCUAAUCAGCGACUGCGGCGAACUGAAGCUUGCCGACUUCGGCCUGGCCCGUGCCAAGAGCGUGCCCAGCCACACGUAUUCCCAUGAAGUGGUUACGUUAUGGUACCGCCCACCAGAUGUACUGCUGGGCAGCACGGAGUACUCGACGUCGCUGGACAUGUGGGGCGUUGGCUGUAUAUUUGUGGAGAUGGUGACCGGUAUGCCGACGUUUCCGGGCAUACGUGAUACAUACGAUCAGCUGGACAAGAUAUUCAAAUUGCUUGGCACGCCCACCGAGGACACGUGGCCGGGCGUAACACAUUUCCCUGGCUAUAAACCGCACAAGCUGGGUUUCUAUCGACCACGAAAACUGGGUCACAAUUUUCCACGGCUGUACGAUAUUAUUGAGGGCGAGACGAUAGCGAACGCGUUCCUGCAGCUCAAUCCCGAGCAGCGCAUUGGCGCCGACGAGGCACUGCAGCAUCCCUACUUUGCGCAAUUGCCAAAGAAACUCUACGAAUUGCCAGACGAAACCUCAAUUUUUACCGUGGAAGGCGUGCAGCUGCACACGGAACCGAAUCGACAGAAUAAAUGAAAAUUAAAGCAGGUCCUCUCAGUGGAUGGCGUACGUUUCUAUUGUUAGACCCAAAUAUUAUAGUCCAACAACAACAACAACAACCCAGCUAAACAACCCACAAAAGCAACCCAGCAAACAACUCAGCAACAAACAACAAUUGGAAGCCAUCAAAGUCGCGUCUUGAACCACAGUCAGAGACAGAGACAGAGAGAGAGAGUGAGUGAGUGAGUGUGUGUGAGAGAGACAGCAGCAUUUCAGUCAAAUAUAUCGUGCCUGGGCAUACAUUAGUUACGUUUUAGUUAGUUAGGCUAUAUUCACGUCAUCUUUAAUAAGCAUACUCAGAGUUUAGUCAAAUUUUCGCUUUGUUUCUAAACUAUUUUUUAUACAUAAACAAAAU